AGAAUUUACUGAUUUAGCGGAACUCUCCGUAAUGUUUGGUAAAUUGAAAGUUGCCGUGGACAAUUUACAAACGAAAGUUUCUCAAGAAAAAGACAUCACUUCAUAUAUAGAACAAGUCCCUACAACCACCUAUCAAUGUAAAUAUUGUACUAAGAAAUUUUCAAAAAUUGAUGAAGCAGCAAUUCUUAGUCAUGUAAAUGCAAAACAUAAUAAUACGGUGGAAACCACGGGAAAAGAAAAGAGAUUAGCAUAUUAUUGCAAAUCGUGCAAUAAAGUUUUUUUGAGAGAAUUUGAUUUAAAUAAUCACAUUUCUGGGAAGCAUAGUUCAAAAGCAAAGAAAAGGAAAGCAAAGAAAGCAAAGAAAGCAAAGAAAGCGCAGAAAGCAAAGGAAAGCAAAGAAAGCAAAGAAAGCGCAGAAAACAAAGGAAUAGAAAAUUGA